UCAAACCUCCAUCGCACAUCGGCUACGACCGCUCUAUAAAGCUCGCCACCCCCACACACCCUGCCUCUCACACUGCACACCCCCAGCAUAUCGACGACAGCGAUCUAGCUCGCUCGCUCGAGAGAUCGCAAUUUUUAAGCACGCGGUCGCACUGUUCUUCUUCUUCUUCUUCCUAGCUACACCAUCGGCUAGCUGCAUAUAUAUAUUGCUUCUAGUUAAUCGUGCAGGUAGUAGCUGCGCCUGCGCGCGAGAGUUCAUUUUUAUCACCUAUAGCUAUAAGCUUCUUGGUGAACGAAAGCAGCUGCUAGAGAGAUCGAUCGAUCGAGACAGAGAUCAGAUCUAGCUAUCAGAAGGCAGGCGAGCGAGGAGGAUGAUCGGGUGGGGCGACGUGUACAAGGUGGUGGCGGCGACGGUGCCGCUCUACUUCGCGCUGUUCCUGGGCUACGGCUCCGUGCGGUGGUGGCGCAUCUUCACGCGGGAGCAGUGCGACGCCGUGAACCGUCUGGUGGCCUUCUUCGCGCUGCCCUUCUUCACCUUCGAGUUCACGCUGCACACGGACCCGUUCCAGGUCAACUACCGCGCCGUCGCCGCCGACGUCAUCUCCAAGGCAGUCAUCGUCGGCGUCAUCGCCUGCUGGGCCGCCAGGGUCACCUCCGCGGGCAAGGGCGCCGGCGCCGGCGGCGGCGGCGGCUGGGCAGGCUGCGCCGUCGGCUGGUCCAUCACCGGCUUCUCGCUGUCCACGCUCACCAACUCCCUCGUCGUCGGCGUGCCCAUGGCCAGGGCCAUGUACGGCGAGUGGGCGCAGCAGCUCGUCGUCCAGCUCUCCGUCUUCCAGGCCAUCGUCUGGCUCACGCUCCUCCUCUUCGUGCUCGAGAUCAGGAAGGCCGCCAUCGGCAUGUACGUCGACGUGCCGGACUCGCCGGUCAAGGACGUCGAGGCCGCCGCCGACGCCGCCUCUGCGGCCACCGUCGUCGUCGUCCCCGUCGUCGUCGCCAGCGACAAGCCCUCGCUCUGGGCGCUCGUCAAGGUGGUGGCGCACAAGCUGUCGCGCAACCCAAACACGUACGCCAGCUUCGUCGGCAUCACCUGGGCCUGCGUUGCCAACAGGUACGUACGCUGCACAUCGAGCUGCCCAGCGCCUUCGAGGGGUCGGUGCUCAUCAUGUCAAAGUCGGGCACAGGAAUGGCCAUGUUCAGCAUGGGGUUGUUCAUGGCGCAGCAGGAGAAGGUGCUGGCGUGCGGUCCCAGCUUCGCGGCGCUGGGCCUCGUGCUCAAGUUCGCGCUCGGCCCGGCCGCCAUGGCCAUCGGCUCCAUCGCCGUCGGUCUCCGCGGCGACGUCCUCCGCGUCGCCAUCAUACAGGCUGCACUACCUCAAUCCAUCACAUCAUUUAUAUUUGCAAAAGAAUAUGGGUUGCACGCUGAUGUUCUUAGUACUGCGGUUAUUUUUGGGAUGCUUGUCUCCUUGCCGUUGCUAGUUGGAUUUUAUAUUGUUUUAGAGCUAAUUAGGUAGAUGACGGGGAAUAACCGUUGAUAUGUGACUUCCCUUGAAGCUGCUCAAACAAUCAUACUAACAAGUGCUAUGAAGUGCCUCCUGUUUUUGUUCCUCAUUGCACAAAAAUGCAAGGGGGUUUAUUGAGUAUUAUCCAAUAUGUUUUAAAUGUAUUAUGUAAGGAUGCUUAUUUCAUUCUCUUAUUCAAAUGAAUGAGUGACGUGCAGACUUGCUUC